GCUCCUCCUUCUUUUGCUGUGCAGUUCCUGAGUCUCAACGUGUCUCCUUUGGCAAAUAAUAAUGGCUGUUUAAAAAAAAAACAAAAAAACAAGCCAGUAUAUAUUUCGGGAAUGCGGAGCUACACGAGCAGAUCCAUCCUUAAGGCUGAUACUUGUGGUUGUGGGACUUGAACACGUGGUGUUUUCUUCUUCUUCUUCUUCAUCUCCUUCUCCUUCUCGAGAAGAAGCAAUGGACUUGCACAUACUAGAUCAUAGACUGAGAGUAACGAGCAUCAGCAGAAGUGGGCUGCAGCAUUACACCCACCCACUGAUCAAACUAAUAUUCCUGCGGAACAGAACCAGAUGCAAAUUCUUCAGUCUGACAGAAACGCCAGAAAAUUACACCGUCGUCCUCGAUGAGGAAGGAUUUAAAGAUCUUCCCCACUCUGAGCACCUGCAAGUGGAAGGCUCCACCUGGCUGCCCCUCAAUGUCGUCUCCAAUGGCAACGCUUCCAGCAGCUCUCAGGCCGUCGGUGUCACCAAGAUCGCCAAGUCCGUCAUCGCCCCGCUGGCCGAGCAGCACGUGUCCGUCUUCAUGCUCUCCACCUAUCAGACGGACUUCAUCCUGGUGCGAGAGAAAGACCUGUCGGUGGUGAUCCACACCCUGGCUGAGGAGUUUAACAUUUUUCGGGAGGUGAAUGGGGAGUCGGUGCCGGUGCAUAGCCAGGACGUGAACAACGGCCUGCAUGGGAACGGCAGAGAGGCCCCUCGUUCUACAUUACACCCAGUAUUGAUCCCAAGGAACCAGUUCUGUGUGAUGAGCUUGGAUCCUGACACGCUGCCAGGCAUCGCCACCACGCUCAUCGACGUCCUCUUCUACUCCAGCAGUCCUAAAGAAGAUGCGAAUGUCACUGCUGAUCUGGAGUGCAAGUUCUUCUCCUUCUCUCUGAUCGAUGGCUACGUCUCCCUCGUGAUGGGUACAGAGGCACAGCGACAAUUCCCAGCAGAUCUGCUCUUCACCAGCUCGUCCGGCGAGCUCUGGAGGAUGGUGCGGAUCGGAGGCCAGCCACUCGGUUUCGAUGAGUGUGGGAUCGUAGCUCAGAUUUCUCAGCCCUUAGCAGACUGUGAUAUCUCGGCUUACUAUAUCAGUACAUUCAGUUUCGACCAUGCCCUGGUGCCAGAAGAGGACAUAGUGAGGGUUACAGACAUGCUUCAGGAUCAGAGGAAAGGUGCCGGAUGCUGAUGCAAUCCUGAUUGCUGACACUACAGCCUGAAGAGCAUUAACACAGACGGUGUUGCAAUGACCACUGGAAGUGUUUUGGUGACGUCUAUAAGCUAGGAUUGGCUCACAGGAGCACAAGCUCAAGUUCCAAUCACAAAGCAGCAAAGUGCUUUUUUUUUUUUGGACCAUGAAGCUGCCAUGCUAAUUGCACAUAAAAGUAGCUUUUACAUUGUAGAAUAGUUUAUUGACCAAAUGAAUCGUAAUAUGAUACGGACUUAGAAUGGCACCACAGGUUUUCUGAGUCGGAGGCGUUGAAGUUCUGUUAUUUUGGGCCAGAAGUCAGAAUUUUGACAGGCUGCUGUUUCAAAAGAUAUAUAUAUAAUUAAUAAAAAUGCAAAUUCCUUUUUUUCUCUUUGACCUGGCACACGUGGGCCUCCAGUGGUUUUGGAUCAUCUGUAGAUCAGCGAGAGACGAGCGCUCUUUUUUUUUUUUUUUUUUUUUGCUGUCACGUUAAACACUAUCAGUGUUCGAUUUUUUUUUCAGUAUUGUUACAAUGUAUUUAUUUCACCAAAUGAACAUUUGAUUUAAGAUGUAGUGUCAUACUGAGCAGAUUUCCUUCUGAUCGCCCAGGUAGAAGUCUACUUAAAAAAAAAAAAAAAAAAAAAAAAAAAAACCUUAGUUACUGAAAACUACCUUUGCUCAAAAUGGGUGGUGUCCCCCCCCCCCCCCCCCCCGUAAAGAUGUCUUUGUAAAUAUAUAUAUAUAUAUAUAUAUAUAUAUAAGUGAGCCAAUCUGCUUUUCUUAUUUGUAUUCUUAUACCAGCGAAUAUUUCUUUGGCGUCUUAUAUUCACAGUAUAAUUUGGGAGAGAAGGGAAGUACCUCUAACGUAUUUUACUUUAAAAAAAACAGGAAGUUCAUCAUAGGUUCAACUCGUUCAUUUCCCCCGACAUGUUCACCUGCUGUGGACUUUUCACCUUCCUGGCUUGGGAUUUUUGGUGAGACGAUAGCAACAGAGCUACAGAGCAACGUGUGACUUUCACGGUUAUAUCCGAUCUUGAUACAUCAGUGUUUGAUUUCUUUUUUUUUCCUGUAGCUUUGUCACAUAUAUGGGCUCAGAAUAUAAAUACACACACAGAUACACUUUUAGUGGUUUAGCCGAUUAACCAUAUCAAAGCACACUAGACUUAUUCAUGUAAGUGAUUUCAAAAUUCAUAUCUGCACAACAUUAUCCUGUUAUCGGGUUGUUGAAUUGAAUUGAAUGAAUAAAUAAAUAAAUAAAGUCCAAAAUGCACUGAUAAAGCAGGAAAUGUUCACCAUCUAUAUUUUGGACGUUAAAAAAACGAGACUGUUAUUGUUGUUCAGGUCCUAUAAGAUGCAUCAUUCUGUUUGUGUAUUCUAAUAAACCUUUUGAUAGAAUUAACCGUGAA